AUGGUCGAAGCUGAAACAGAACCCAACCGGGACUACGACCUCUCGACCCCUAUCACGUCCACCUCGGGGCUUCGGCAGGGUCUGACGUCCUAUGGAGAUGCCCAUUUUUCUCUGUUCCUUCGCAAAGUGUUCAUAAAGGCUUUGGGAUAUUCCGAAGACGCACUCUCACGCCCUAUAGUGGGCAUUAUCAACACGUUCUCAGGAUUCAACCCCUGCCAUGCCAACGUGCCCCAGCUCAUCGAGGCCGCCAAGCGUGGUGUGCAUCUCAAUGGUGGGUUGGCGGUGGAGUUUCCCACCAUCAGUGUUCAUGAAUCUUUCUCACACCCGACAAGCAUGUUCUUGCGGAAUCUGAUGAGUAUGGACACCGAGGAGAUGAUCAAGGCACAGCCAUUGGAUGCGUGUAUCAUGAUUGGAGGUUGUGACAAGACUGUCCCCGCGCAACUGAUGGGCGGAAUCUCGGCCAAUAAACCAAUCCUACCGCUGAUCACUGGUCCAAUGUUACCUGGCAGUCAUCGUGGCCAGCGAAUCGGAGCAUGCACCGAUUGCCGCAAUAACUGGGCAGCAUUUAGAGCGGGCGAAAUCGAUGUUGAGGAGAUUUCUGCUAUUAAUGAAGAGCUUGCACCUACAAUUGGUACGUGUGGCGUCAUGGGAACAGCCAGUACCAUGGCUUGUAUUACUGCAGCACUGGGAAUGAUGCCCCUUCGAGGUGCAUCUGCACCGGCUGUCUCAUCCGCUCGGGUACGUAUUGCCGAGGAAACCGGCGCGAAUGCUGUGGCAGUUGCGAAAGCUCUCAGGAAGCCCCAGGAGAUUCUGACGAAAGAGUCAUUCUUGAAUGCCAUCACAGUAUUGCAAGCUAUAGGUGGUUCUACCAAUGCGGUGGUCCACCUAUUGGCCAUCGCCAACAGACACCCAGACCUACAAGGCGUAAUAACCUUGCAGACAUUCGAAGAAAUCGGACAGAGGACUCCGCUAUUGAUCGACCUGAAACCCAGCGGAGACAACUACAUGAAUGAUUUCCAUAAUGCGGGGGGCAUGCUGGCGCUGCUACAAGUAUUGCGGCCAUUGCUUCACUUGUCUGCUCGAACCAUCAGUGGACAAACUCUAGGGCAGAUUUUGGAUGCAGCUCCAUCCAAGAAACUUUCAUUUGACCAGCAUAUCAUCAGGCCACUUUCGAAUCCUCUUUACCCUUCGUCCUCCCUGGCCGUUCUUCGCGGCAAUCUCGCUCCCAAUGGAGCGGUGACAAAGGCCUCGGCGUCAAAAUACAGAUCUUUACUUUCGCACACCGGGCCAGCAGUGGUCUUUGAAAACUCCGCCGAUCUUGCCCGCCGAAUUGACGACCCGGAUCUCCCAGUCACCAAAGACAGUGUGUUGGUUCUCAAGGGCAUUGGCCCAAUCGGCAAUCCCGGUAUGCCUGAAGCGGGCCUUAUUCCUAUUCCGAAGAAGUUGGCUGCUGUAGGAGUGAAAGAUAUGCUACGACUGUCCGAUGGUCGUAUGUCUGGAACCGCUGGAGGCACUAUUGUCCUUCAUAUCUCGCCCGAGGCAGCGGUCCCCGAGUCGCCAUUUGGAGUGAUUGAAACGGGUGACGUGAUUACCUGUGAUAUCGAGAGUCGGAGACUUCAUCUUGAAAUUUCUGAUGAAGCCUUGCAGGCCCGGAUCAAGCUACGAAAGGAGAUUCUGGAAAGGGAAUCUGGGCCAGUCCGAGCACGGCAGCAGAGGAGAGGGUACCGGGGGUUGUAUGAGCGGUCGGUGAACCAAGCGCAUGAGGGGACUGAUUUUGAUUUUCUCACGGCCAGCGACACCCCGGGGACGACAGUACUAGCAUACACACCUGAUGGACGACGCAUUAUCACCGGUGGAUCGAACUCGGCCAUCCGGAUCUACACAGUCGACCAGGAUGGGGAGCCCAAGACGGUCGACGAGGGUGUUGACGGGCAUUUCGCAAUUGGUGCCACGAACGAAUUGUUUCUCAUGGGCGCCGAGGAUGGAACUGUUUGGCAGUACGAUAUUGCGUCGGGGAGAAUGGGAGGCCUGCUUGUCCGCUGCGCUUUGCCCGUGAGAGACAUUGCGGUGUCUCGGGACGGUGAAUGGGCUGCGAUAUCAAGCGAUGAACUUUCGGUGAAGGUCGUCAAAAUCGAGGACAUGACGCAGGUCAAAUACCUUCGGGAACAAAGCAAGGGAACAAAGCACGUCACGUUCGAUCCAAAUGGGCGCUACGUAACUGUUUCCAGCACAGAUGGCAUUCUCUAUGUCUAUUCAUUAACCGAGGAAGAGCCAGAGGUAGUUCGCAAACUCGAUGGAGUGAUCCGAAAGCUCGAGCCAGAUGCGGAAGCGACAGCGAAAGCUGUCUGGCACCCGGACGGCACCGCAUUUGCAGUGGCAGAGGCCACAAGGGAUAUUGCCAUCUAUUCGAUUUCAGAGUGGAAGAAGGAGAAGAGCUUUGCUGGUGGUCACAGUGGGGAUAUCACAUCGCUGAGCUGGGCUCCCAAUGGAACCAUGUUGGCAUCGGCAGGAGCUGAUGGGCAGAUUGUGCUCUGGGAGACGAAGACACAAAAGAUUCUCCAGCGUUAUGACUUUGGAAACGUGAUCAAUCUUGCCUGGCACCCGACGAAGAACUCGCUUUCAUUUACUACUUCGGAUGGAGAGCUGUUCAUCUACGACAACUUUGUUCCCAAGGACUACGAAUCUCAACUGCGAAAGCCGCUGCAGGCUGCUCCUAUUUUCCCGGGCCCAUUGACUGAGAUCUCGAAUAAUGUGCCACGGACAUUAGCUGAGCGAUCCAAAGAGGCAAUUCAGAGGGCGGCGCGAGCAGGGACACCCGACUCCCUUGACGAUAUUCUGGGUGAGGAUGACGAGAUGCGGGAUUUUGUCGAUGAUGACGAUGGAGCUGGCUAUGCCGAGGAGCUCAACCUGUAUGGCAAGCGGCCAAAUGGCCAUCUCGACGAUUUGGAUGGUCCCGACAAUAAGCGAGUAUUCUCGGGUUCUUUGCAACCCAAGGCGCACCCACCUCUUCAGCCUGGCAGCACGCCCUGGGCGGGUAAUAGAAGAUAUCUGUGCCUGAACUUGACUGGUGCCGUCUGGACUGUCGACCAAGAGACGCACCAUACUGUGACUGUGGAGUUCUAUGAUCGUGAGCUUCAUCGAGACUUCCACUUUACGGACCCCUAUCAAUAUGACAAAGCGUGUCUUAAUGAGAACGGAACCCUGUUUUCCAACAACCCCUCUGAUGGUGGUCCUGCCAGUAUUUUCUACAGGCCACAUGAGACAUGGACCACCAGAGCGGACUGGCGAACUCAACUACCCGAGGGAGAGAUGGUUCGAGCUCUGGCUCUCAGCGAAUCCUAUAUCGUUGCAGUGACAACGAAGGACUACGUGCGAGUGUAUACUCUCUUCGGCACCCCAUUCCGAGUGUUUCGACAAAAGAGCCAAGCUGUGACAUGUGCCGCGUGGCGAGACUAUAUCAUGACGAUCGGAAACGGACCCGUGGCAGCGGAUGGUCGGCAUGCGACAUUAAAAUACACUGUUGAGAACGUCAAGCGCGACGAAAUCUGCCAGAAUGAGGACGUGGUUGCCCUUCCCACAGGGGCUCAGCUACAGAGUGUUUUCUUUUCUGACACGGGAGAUCCUUGUGUCUAUGACUCAACCGGUGUCCUUGCAGUGCUGCAGCAUUGGCGUGCGCCUGGGCAAGCCCGGUGGGUGCCUCUUCUGGACACCAAGCAGCUCUCUCGACUGGCGGGCGGCCGGAAGGAAGAGACUUACUGGCCUGUGGCCGUUGCGCAAGGGAGGUUCCACUGUAUCAUCCUCAAGGGUGGCGAAAAGAACCCGUACUUCCCUCGGCCGCUGCUCAGCGAAUUCGAUUUCCAAGUCCCUAUCUCAAGCAACCCACAGAAAGAUCCCAGCGAAUCUGAAGAUGCCGCCAACGAUGGCUCCCGCUUCGAGGAAUCUUUCGUCCGUGGCAACAUUCUCCUCUCGCUAUUCCGUGACCUUCUGGCCUCGACCAAUGCAACGGCUGGCCAACGCGCUGAGCUGGCGCGCAAGGAGUUAGAGAUUGACAAAACGCUUCUUCAGAUGCUGGCCAUCGAAUGCCGAGAAGGCGAAGAGCGCGGCAUGAAGGCACUGGAGCUGGUGACCAUGAUGAAUGAUCGCAAUGGCAAGAUGAUGGAGGCAGCCGCCAAGGUUGCACAGCGCUUUGGACGCGGCGUGCUCGAGGAUAAGAUUCGCGACAUGGCGGAGCGACGAGUAAUGGGCAUGGGCGAUGACGACGAACUGGCUUGA